CGAUACCCGCCUCAGCCCCAGCCUUGUGUGGCUGGAGAAGCGAAAAGGGGCCGCGAGGCUGAAGCGGAAGUGUUCAUGUCAAUAUCAAUAUGGCCUUGGCGCUGCUCCCCGCAUUUUCUCCGUAUGCAGUGCCAUUGCGAUUUUGGUCAUAACGUGUUAUUUGCUUCCAGGUACUAACAACACGGCAAUCUCUCUUUCUCUUUCUGUUUUGGCGUUGAGGGCGGCCAGCCCUUCGGCCCACUGGCAGUGAAUACCACACAAUGCCUCCUCACAGUAGAGGCGCGUCGCCCGAGUCAGGGUCAGGGUCAGGACAUCAACGACCACACUCCAAAUCAUUAUCAGCCUCUUUCCCACCCACGCUGCGGCCAUACCUUGAAAACCUGCCUUCUCCCACAUUAUUGAUCCCCUCGGAUCAAAGAACACCUACGGGUCCUUAUAUGGACAAAUCACAAACAGACCGCGGUCCAUCUCCAUCUACGCCUGUGACACCGAAAACUCCCCGGCGGCGUGCGGCCACCACAACUGUCUUCGAGGGUGAAGACCGGGGAAGAAGAACUUCUGGCGACUUUGAAGAUGGAGAAGAAGAGGACGACGAAGACGAAGAAGACGAAGAGAUAGAUGUGACGGGCGUGACGCUGGAUGACGACGAUUUCGAAUCGCAUUAUUCGCGGCACGAAUCGGAGGAAGAAUCAGGUUCAGACCAAUUUGGAUCCCAAGAUGAAGAUAUUGAAGAGCAUUCACAAUUCGAAUCGUCGUCGCAGAACGGGCACGCAGCCGCCGCUGCCUCCACCGCCACCACCGCCGACGAACAAGAAUCAGAAUACAUUUCAGCGCAACAAAAACAACGACCAGGAUCGCUCGCACGCGUCCACUCUCUACCCGCACGGCCACCUUUACCCGCGCGACAUCACCACCAAGCGCAAGGGCAAGGUCUACACACAUCACAAUCCACAACAUCUCUCGGCCCGCCUCCUUCUCAUCCACCACCUCCACCACCCCUCUAUCCACCAUUCUACAACCGGCCACCGACACCACUGCCUCCAUCACCGAGUCUCACAUCUUUGUUAAGGCCACCAUCUCUCCUAAACCGGUCCACGGCCUCAACUCGACCAACCACACCAGACAGUUCAGACGUUGAAACGCCCAACGACACCGAAGCCGCCGUUGCACAAUCAGCGCGUCGGGCACAUCCACUGCCGCCCACAUCCCCCAAAGUGCCCACGUACGAAUACUACGGGUUCGUGUUGUAUUUGGCCUCGUCGCUCGCGUUUCUGUUUUACAUCCUCUGGUCGUAUCUGCCCAGCCCGUUCCUGCAUGCUCUUGGGAUAACUUACUACCCGAAUCGAUGGUGGUCGCUGGCCAUUCCGGCCUGGAUCGUGAUGCUUUUGGUUUAUAUCUAUGUUGCGUUGCUGUCCUAUAAUGUCGAGUAUUUGACCUUGCCGCUGAACAGUCUCGAGUGCAUGGUCGAUGAUGCGGCGAAUGUUGCGGUCCUGGAUGAGAAGACUGGAAGGAUAAGAAAGGGGGGAAGUAAGAGGUUGAUGAAGGAGUUGGAGGAGCGGGAGAGGUAUUUCGAACACCAUCCGGAACAACAUCGAGGAGGAACGGAAACGAAAAGGAAUCGGAGACUGUCAAGGGGUCAGGCUAGUAACUUGAACCAGUUGAGAAACAACCAGUCUGGGGGAUUUGGUGCUGGCGCCGUGUGCUCGGACCCUACUGCCAGACGAAGAUUGUCGAACCGAUCGCACCCUGCGGCGGCGGCGGCGGCAGCAUCCGCUGUUGAUGGCAGUCCAGGCAGUGUUGGCAUUGACUCGUCCAAGAAUCCUCCUCCACCUCCCGACAUUCCUGCCCGUGACUACCAGAAUUCAAAUUCGAGUUCGCAUUGGAAUCAACAUGCCCAUGGCCAUGAUCCCACCACUGCACAAUCGUUUCUACACCACAUUGUGCAUCCUAAUACUACUACCAGCGCCGCCCGAGACCGAGCAGCGCAGCAUUCCAUCACCGGCAAGCCCAAUGGCGCCGGUGGUGGUGGUGGUGGUGGUGGUCCGAAUAUGGUGAUGCCGAACUGGAAUUGGAAACUCGUCUGGAACGAAGGCACAGAUGCCGUCAUGGACGUUCCGAUCGGUGGCGUUUGCGAAGUUUUGUAUGGCUGAUUUUACCAUACUGGAUCAAAUAUGUUUGUUCUUGAGAAAGAGAGCGAGAAAAAGAGAGCGAGAAAAAGAGAGAGAGAGAGAGAGAGAGAGAAUUAAGGGAAGUAUACUAUUAUCUGAUGGUGCAUAAUAUAUGUAAUAGUAUAUCAAUAAUAAUACUGUGUACAUACUACACAGGUUGAUUGGAGAUUGGAAGGAGAGACAGACACAGCACCCAGUUUUGCAUCCAUCAGGCUUGUCAAGUCAGGGUAUUCAGCUACCUUCAUCAUCCAUUCAGAUACUCAGGUAGUAGGAUAGUAGUAGACACCUCGACCCCAUGGCGUGGCGGUGUAACAGUAGUAUUGCAGCAUACAAGGUAGGCAUAGUGUAGUAGUGUCGAAUAGGAUUGUAUAGUCACAUAUAGUAGGUAGUAGUAUACCUAGGUAGGUAGUAAUAUAGUGUAAGAAUGCAAACCACAAUAUCAUGAAUAACAAC